AUGGCUAUUGUUGCGGGCGAAGUUAUUCGAAGUUUGCCUUAUGGUUGGACCGACAUGACCCCUUCCGUUAUACUGCCCACGACACCCCCGGUAACACCGCCCAUGGCAUCGCCUCGUCGCCCAGCCAGGCUUGAUUACCUUCGAGGAUGCCUCAAAAAUAUCUCGAGUGGAGUGGAAAGUUGUCCAUCGGACAAUAUCUCCGAUUAUCUACAGCCCUUCUUCGAAAACGCGAUCAAGAAACAUGCUACGGCCUACAUAUUCGGGGAACUCCGUCGAGACGUCAAAAAGAUAAACCAGAUUCACAUGAAUCAAGGUAACGUCGGACUGUUUGAAAAUGAAAAUGCUGCCGGUCAAGACGGGGGAGUUCUCCUCCAAUUCCCAGAUGGUCAUUGGGAGGCCUUAUUCAUCGCUUUCCAUGAACAGGGCUCUCAAACCAACGCAGACGGCCAGUCCAUCGGUCCAAACCUCGGCAGUAUAGUCGAAUGUUGCGAAGAAAACCUAGUUACAGGAACAGAUGGAAUAGCCGCUAACACCCAAUGCCCGCCUGUCGGUAUCAUCUCCCUGUUCUAUCCAGAUUAUAGGUACGCGGCUAUUUAUCCCGGCGGCGUACCAGUGUGUUAUCUCACCAUUUCGAACAUAACAAAGGGAGAAGUGGUGGAUCUCGCAGGGUGGGAAUUAUCCUCUAGCGAGUCGGAAGAAGUCUACACCAUCGAAGAUGUACAGCUUUUGCCAGGUGGGGGCCGAUCCAGCUUUGGAGUUUUACCCAGAUGGUUUCCAGGUCAUUCGGGCACCAUAUAUCUGCGAAAUCGGGAGAACGAGGUAGUUGACCUGGUGCAUUAUUACCGAGAGUGGAAGCUAAAGUCUGGGAGACUUCUCUACUUUGGGCGGACUCGUGACGGGACUCGUUGA